AUUUUCGACAAGCUUCGUUGGUUGCUGUUGAUAAUGUUUCUAUCACUGAAGGUUUAAUAAAGUACUGCAGCUUGGUAGAAUCAAAAAUCCGAAUAGCCACACCUACUACCACUGAGGAUCCCGGGUUUCAGUUGUAAGUACUUCCAAAGCUGCUAACCCCUCAGAGCUCCACCUUCGAAAAUGUCGGGUGAGUGUGCUCUGCUCGGCGAGCAGUGGCUGAAGUUCGGACCGCAGGUGACGCGGUACGUCAAGCGUUUGAAGGGCGAACGAGAAAAGUUUCUGGUCGCCCAGGAGGACUUCAGUCGGGAAAAGGAGGACUGGGCGCAGCGCCUGUCGCUGCAGCAGAACGCAUUUGAAGAGGCAAUUUUGAAAUGUUGGGAGCUGGCGACGAGGAUAGAAGAUUUGGAAGCGGAUGCGAACGAAUUUCAAAGAGAGAAGCUGCGGCUCGUGAAACGAUUAGACCAGGAAAAGGCGGAAUUCUGUAUUGCUGUCUUGCGUUUGAUUGUGAACCCAAUGUUAAUUUUUUCUCAUCAUACACUGUUGAAGCGUUGAAUGCGUUAGCGUUUGACCAGUUUGUAGAAAUUGAGAAAAUCAUUUUUCUUUUACAACCUGCUCCAGGCGAACACGAGCAGAAGAGACGAGACGAGCGAACGCUGGCGCUUCGAGAAGAAAACACGAAGCUGCGCGACGCCCUCGAGGAUCGGGAAGCGACAAUAGCAAAGCAGCAGAAGGAGAUAGAAAAUCUCCAGACACAGGUAGUACUACACUCCCGCUUUGAUAUACGUUUUUUGAGUGUAGAUUACAUUGUUCUACUGUUAGGAAGCAGCUUCCCCUCUUUGCGUGCGAUAUGCACCAGACCCGCAACACGAAAACAAAUCACCUCGCCAGGUCUCGCACUCCCAGCGCGCGAAGGAACGCCUUGAAGACAGCGGUAAAAAGCUGGUCAGCGACUUGGAGUUGCAAGUCCAGCGCCGCACUGAGUCCUACCGACAAGCGACGCUGAAGCUGAUAGCGGCUCUGGCGGAGUGUAGCUUGCACGUGAUGAAGGAAGAUGAGCUGGAGGAAAUCGUCGGGAAGUGUCCUCUGGACGAAAAAACCGACGAAGACUUCAAUCAGGUGCUUGACGUCUGCUGCGACGAAUACGCCAGAUUCCGGUACUCCGCCCCGGAAAGGCUUCGGCAGCUGGUGGCGAGCAAGCAGGACGGCACGGUGGCGGAAUUGUUGCAGGAACUAGUUUGGAAGCCAAGAAAAAUGAAGCUAGACCUGAAAUCGCUGCUCGGGUCCGCACCCGGCGCAAUAAAACUGCUGCAAUCGCCAGAGGAUAUGGCAGCUUUGAGGGAUUUGCUGUUGGCUGGGAGGUGAAUGAUUGGUAGGGGCGUGCUGGUUUCAAUUUUUUUGCCCUGAAAGAGAUUUUUCGAUUUGUAGUCUAUGACUAUUGAAUCUCCAAGAGAACAUAGUCUGAAAAAGGCUAAGGUUGACAGGAUAGCAAAUCUGGAGUUUUUGAAAUUCUUCCCGACGUCGACGAAAUCCUCGGAUGUCCUAUUCCACCAAGAAAAGGAAAAGAAAAAGAAGAAGAAGAUGCUCUGUAUUCAGCUCGAU